AUGUUCUUGAUUUCUCUCAGGAUGAGGCACAAGAGAUUGUUAUUGAACAGGGCUUCAGCUCCCCUGCCUUCUUUGCCAACUCGACGCGGUGGAGGACGAAACUCCAAUCGCGGACGUGGACGUGGUCGUGAUCGUGAUAAUGGUGGUCGUGAUCGUCGUAAACGUAAUCGUAAUCAACAUGGACGUGGUGGGGGUCGCGGACGAGGUGGUAGUCGCGACCACAAUGGUACUGUAUGGUCCGAUGAUGGUACAACCAUCCUCAACAACGGUGGAUACUCCCAAGACACUUGGAGCCGUUUCUCUGAUCGUGAUCGCGGUGUUGUCCUCCAAGCCCGUGAACGUGCUAACAGUCGUCUUAUGAGUGAAUGUGACAUUGCAGAAUUAAUCGUGACCGCCAACAAAAUGAAGAGCCUGCACCAACACCAGCUCCAGCACCCUCCUCUGGCAAUGUUGGUAGUGGAGUUCGACGUGGCCGUCGCUGACAUGAGGCCGACUAUCAGAUUCGUGUUACUUGUUCCCUUUCCUCUUGUGUUUGUGUUUUAA